ACCUACCAGGCCAUCCGGGUACCAAUCUACCACGCUACCUAAGCAAUGCUGCAACGAAUCAACGAUGAAGAGAAGUCAAUAACGUUAGUCAAAGCAGCCAACUACCUUGAUUUCCGGGUCCCUCGCUUUCCUCGUUUCUAAUCUCCAUAACACAUCAAUCUCGAUGGGUUCUGUUUAGUUUCCUCAAUUAGUCCCAUUUCCUGAUCCGGGUCUUUAAAAUUCCAUCAAUUCUUGAACAGAAACCGCGGAAUAAUGGGGCAAGACGAGGCCUUUCUCCUUGAGGGUCAAUCCCAGAAGGAGAGGAAGUCAAAUGAUGGAAUGAUGAAUUUGACUUGGAGGUGGAGGCCGUUUGAUUGGUUUAGGAAGCUGAGUGAUGUUCUGCAUUGGAGCUUUGUUUUGUCUGUGGUGAUUGUGUAUGGAAUCAAUCAAGGGUUGAGUUUGGGUUUGAGUAGGAUUAGUAUACAGUACUAUAUGAAGGAUGAGCAGAAGUUACAGCCCUCUGAAGCUCAGAUUUUUACUGGGAUUAUAUCUCUGCCUUGGAUUGUUAAGCCUCUCUGGGGUCUGCUUACUGAUAUUCUUCCCAUUGCUGGAUAUAGAAGAAGGCCUUACUUCAUUCUUGCUGGUUCCCUCAGUGUCAUUGCCAUGCUUACCCUGUCGAUGAACCAGUUACGGAUCGAACUUGCUUUGUUAUGCUUAAUGGCUGGCAGUGCUGGGGUUGCAAUAGCAGAUGUGAUUAUUGAUGCCUGUGUAACAGAGAACAGCAUAAGCCAUCCGUCUCUAGCUGGUGACAUGCAAAGCUUAUGCGGAGGGAGCUCUUCAGUAGGACAACUAAUUGGGUAUAUGAUCAGUGGCUUUUUAGUUCAUCUAAUUGGAUCAAAGGGAGUGUUUGGAAUUCUGAGUAUGCCACCUUCUCUAGUUGUUUUGGUAGGAAUCAUGAUACGAGAAAAGUUUACGCCUUCUGGGACCUACAGAAGAGUUAGCCACAAGUUUGCUGAUGCUGGUAAGGCUAUGGUGAUGGCACUGAAAUGCAAGACUAUUUGGAGACCAUGCUUGUACAUGUAUAUUUCUCUUGCAGUGAGUGUGCACAUUCAUGAGGGAAUGUUUUAUUGGUACACUGAUGCAAAGGAUGGCCCGUCCUUCUCUCAGGAAGUUGUAGGGUCCAUAUCCUCUGUUGGCGCGGUGGGCUCACUUCUUGGGGUUCUUCUCUAUCACAACGCUUUUAGGCACCACCCGUUUCGUCGUGUUCUUUUCUGGUCUCAAUUGCUGUUCGGUGCUUCAGGAUUGCUGGAUUUAAUAUUGGUAUCACGAAUAAAUUUGAAAUUUGGCAUCCCCGAUUACUUUGUUGCUGUGAGUGAUGCAGCCAUCACUCAUAUGAUUGCGCGUCUCAAAUGGAUGCCUCUUCUUGUACUUAGUUCAAAGCUUUGCCCUUCGGGCAUAGAAGGAACCUUUUUUGCUCUGCUUAUGUCAAUUGAUCACGUUGGCAUGCUCUCGGCGUCUUGGGCUGGAGGCUUUUUACUUCACGUCUUUAAUGUUACUCGCACACAAUUUGACAACCUCGGGAUAGUCGUUGUGGUUAGGAGUUUAUUGAGAGUCCUGCCAAUAGGGCUUUUGUUUUUGGUGCCCAGCAGCGACCCGAAUGCUUCCAUCCUCCCAACCGAAAUGUUGCCGACUAAGAAGGGUGAAGAUUCAGCAAAAACUGAUAAUAUGGAAAUGUCCUCACUUAUCAACACCGUUGACCAGACUUUAGCCAAGGAAUGAGCAAAGGAAAUGGUAGCCUACUUGUACUAUGACCCGCAAUUAUUAUGCCAUGAAGAAAAAAAGAUUUCGAGGUUUUAUAAGUGUCUGGAGAAGCAUAAGAUUAUGCUCCGGAGAUAGAUCUACUAACUCUUCGGUAAGAAAUUGGUGCCCGCUGAUUCAGGUUCAACUCGAUAGCCCCACUUGUACAAAUUCCAUUCUCUCCGAUAUAACUAAAUCUGGGCAUGUUUUGCUCUGGUCUUGCUGCAAUAUGGAGGGGCAAACAGAAUCAUUUUUAGCUGGAGCCUUUAACCACUUUUAUUUACCAUUUUUGCUCAAAGAUUGGGGAGCUCGGUUCCCAACACAUUCCAUGUGGACCCCAUGUAUCUUUUUUUUUUUUUUUGUUUUUUUUUUAAUGCCUGCAGAGAAUACGCCAUUACAUUAGAGGUUCUGGUUUUCCUGCAGGAAUGACAGUUUUUACGAGUAAACUAUGCAUAUCAUAUAUUUUCUGAUCUAGUACAACAGCAUUCACCGUCUUUUACCUUGUC